UCUUUUUUCCACUUGGCAGUAUUUGCUUGACUUGCCUUCUUAUUUUAUUAUCUUAUUUAUUUGUUACUUUUAUGGAAGACCAAUUUGUGGGUUUUUCAUGUUCGUAGAAACCAUUUCUGGGUUUUUUGGUUGAUGAUUUUUGCAUUGAGAAACUACGGAGAAAUUAUUCUGUUUUUGAGCCUCUGUUGCGAAUUUUUGUUUUGUUUUUCAUAGCAUUGAGUUCUCUACUGUUGAUGGGGUGCCUUUAAUUUCAACUUGAAGAGAAAUUGUAGGAGAAAGGAGAAAAUUUAAGAAGCAAUUUGUUUUCAGAAAAAGAGGAAUAACGUUGUCUGUUGUUUUUUGUUUUUUUUUUUUUGGUUUACUCUGUGAGCUCAAAGAAGCAACUUCUAUAGCGGAGAAAGGUGUGCAUUAUGGAUGUUACUAGUGGAGAAGUUUUGUUGUGUUUUAUGGUGUUGAUUUCAAUUUCAUUUGUUUGUCAAAGCUUUCAUCUCUUUCCAAUGUCGUGCAAUGCAUCUUUAACUACUGAGUCUUGUCAUGCUUCACUGUACUAUGUACCAAAUACCACGAAAACCCUGGAAGAAACCUCUUCCAUAUUCAAUGUGAAUCCUGAAGUAGUUAUUAGAACCGUUGAUGGUUUCUUGAUAGCGAUAAAUUGUAGCUGCUUUCCUGACCAUACUGAGUUCUCUUGGCACACGGAUUAUACAGUCCAACCAGGGGAUACAUGGGAGAGUGUCUCAUUGAAAUUGGGAUCUUUUGUGGUGGAAAAGCCAGACAAAGUGUUAAUUCCAUCACAAACUGUGACUCUAGAUCUUUUGUGUGGGUGUUUAGAGAGUACAUAUUUUGUAUCGUACAAGAUCCAAAAGGGUGAUACACUUUUUACAAUCUGUUCUCGGUUUCAAGCUGAUCUCAAUAAUACUGCCAGAUUGAAUAAGCUGGAGAAAGUGAAUCUUAUUCAUGUUGGAGAUAUAAUUUUUAUCCCGGAUCCAGGCCUUGAAAAUCUCACCACACUCAAUGAUGAAGAUACCGGGGCCAGAAAAGUAUCAAAAUCACAUACCCAUAUUAUUAUUGUUGGAGCUACCGUUGGCAUUUCUUCUGUCAUCCUGUUAUCGUUUAUACUCAUUUUUUGGAACUUCUACAAAAGGAAGGGAUCUGAACCGUCAAUGUCUUAUUCACGGAGAAGGGAUUGCAUGCACUAUUAUUCCAAUGACUUUUACAAUAACAAAUCUGAAGAAAGUGUGGUUUCCUCAAUUAAUUCAGAUAAAACUACUGUUUUUCCUUACCAUGAAAUCUGUGAUGCAACUUCGAACUUUAGUAUUCAUUUCAAGAUUGGUCAAGGAUCUUAUGGAUCUGUUUACCUUGGAAAAUUAAGAGGAACUGAUGUGGCCAUCAAACAGAUGAAAAAUACCAAGUCAAAGGAGUUUUUGUCAGAGGUGAAUAUUCUUUGCAACGUUCACCACACAAACUUGAUUGAGCUUAUUGGAUAUGCGGCUGGUGGGGACUCUUUGUUUCUUGUAUAUGAGUAUGCCCAAAAUGGUGCACUGAGUGAUCAUCUGCGCAAGCACAUCCUCAAAGAAUGUGGAUGUCUUCCUUGGACUACACGUGUUCAGAUAGCUCUUGAUGCUGCUAAAGGACUCGAGCACAUACAUGAGCACACAAAGCCAUACUAUGUUCAUCGGGAUGUCAAGACAAGUAAUAUUCUUUUAGAUGCCAAAUUUCGCGCUAAGAUUGCAGAUUUUGGACUGGUCAAGUUAUUAGAACAUUCUCCUGAAGUUGGGGCUGCGGCAUCUAGAAUUGUUGGCACCUUUGGUUACCUUGCACCUGAGUAUGUUCGAGAUGGAUAUGUUACGACGAAGAGUGAUGUAUAUUCCUUUGGAGUGGUUCUUAUGGAACUAAUUACUGGCCAACCAGCACUCAGUAAAGAUACAGGUCCUGGAAGUGGACAGUACCAUGAGCAUCGUUCUCUGGUGGAAUAUAUACUAUCAGCAUUAAGUGACCAUCUUGAUUCCCCGACCAAGCUGACCAAAUGUAUCGAUCCAAGCCUCACCUACUACCACAAGGAAUCGCUUUUACAGAUGGCCCUAUUAUCCAAAGACUGUGUGGAUGAUAAUCGGAACCAGCGUCCCGAGAUGAGCAAAGUUGUGCUGCGCCUUUCCCACAUCUUGAUGUGCUCCAGAGAGUGGGAAGACCUGGAGCGUCAAUGCACAAAGAGCAAUCAUUUCUCACAUCUUGCUAGCUAGGGUUCGAAAUUUUAUUUUUUCAAAUCGCUUUAGAUAAGCAUCUUCUCGUCUGUCCGCGACUCAGUCAAGGACUCAAGACUAUAAUACUGGCUAUAGAUAUAUACACACACAAUUU